AUGCAGCACGACAAGCCUCUAUCUGCUCCACCAAGUGUCGUGGCUCAGGGGAAAGGCACGGACCGCGAGGCUAGAAGUGAAGAGAGACCAAGUCUGGAAGAACAGGAUAGCGUGCCGAAUGAUCUACUGAGCAUGGAAGUGACAAGGAGACGUGAGCUCUUAGCUCGACUAUUGAGCUCAUGUGGUAUUUCGGGUAGCGAGGGCAGCCAGGAUCAAUACUACACACUUGUCAAUCCUUGCAAUCCAACCAAGACUUUCGAAAUGAGUACCGAGCAGUACGGACAGAUAAUGUCGAGAUUUACUGCUGAACGCGCUCAAAGAUCCAAUCCUGCUAGUCGUACGGUUUCCAGAAACCCCUCGGAGGCUCAAGUAGCACACGUGACCGAUAAGGCCAUUACGCCUACUGAAUCAAGAGAUUUCUCGAGUGCUGCGUCCCGGUCCUCCAAUCUUGCGAGAUCCAGCGAUAAAUCAAAUAUAGCUGUAUCGCAUGAAGAUAACAAGCAGGACGGUGGAUUCUUCUCACACGGGGCGGUGUUUAGUAGGAAUGCACCACCAGAAUAG